AUGGCUAGAAGAAGAACACCUCAAGUUCUUGAGUCCAUCUAUCUGAUGAACACGGUUGAGAUUUUUAGAGAAUCCAUCAGGCUAAUCCUUCUUCACCCUACUCAUUUCCAUUCGAUCUCCGUCUUCCUCUUCUCGCCGAUCCCGGCUUCCCUUAUCUUCUCGCAUUUUCUCGUCCGUCGUUUCCCCGAAGUACCUCCCUCGGCCACGACGCUCGUAGAUCAUUUCUUCGGACACCGCCCGCCGAAUUUCCCGUCGGAAACGAUAGUCCACAUUGUCGUUUGCGUCCCUUCUUCGAUCACGUUCGCCCUCCUCGGACGAGCGGCCGCCAUCCAAGCGGUUUCGGACACUUACAAAGGCGUAAAUCUCGACGGAAGAAGGCUACUAACGAGGAGCGGUUCGAAUUGGAUUAAGCUUCUCCACACAAGAUCAUGGGAACUCUUCAUCAUACUAGGCCUAUUCGGAUCGAUGUCGAUCGGUUUAACAGCGACACCGAAGAUGCUUCACACGCUCGGAAUCUGCUCGGUCGAGAUCGGAUUCCGGGGUGUCCUUGGGCUCCUAGGGAUACCCUUUUGCUUGGCUUUUGCACAUGUAAUGGUGGUGGGGAACAUGGCUGAUGUGAUAUCGGUGCUGGAGAGUGAAUGUUAUGGACUCGACUCGCUGUGGAAAGCCAAGCAACUCAUGGGAGGGAGAAGACAAACAGGGUUGGUGAUGGCUUUGCUGAGCAAUGUGGGAUUGAGGGUGGUCGAGUGUUUGUUUGAGUUGAGGAUUCGUAGGGGAAUCUGUGUGUGGGAAAUCCCUCUGUUGAUAUCAAUUUAUUCUUCUCUUCUUGUUCUUGAAACUGUCAUGAAUGUUGUGUUAUACUAUGCAUGCAAAUCUUGA